AUGAGCGACAAAGAAGCCCUUGGUCCUCCGACAAAAAGCACGCUCCAAGAUGGGGAAUGGAAACCGAACAUCGUAGUCGGGGUUGACUUUGGUAUGACGCACACAGGUGUCGCAUACUCGUACGGACCAGACUGGCCACCUCCCAAAACCAUCCAGCGAUGGCCGGGGAAGUUGCCCGGCGAGCUGGCCAAUAAGGUUCCCACCUGUAUCAUCUAUGGCUCUGAUUCUAAAACAGUCAGUCAUUGGGGGUUCCAAUGUGAUAUCGAUAACUACGAGGCACGAACAAAGGAAUUCUUCAAGCUUCAUCUUGCGCCUCAGUAUGUGCGAGAUGGGGGCCCAAGCCUGACAGAAGCCCAGAAGUGGUUCCAGGACUACAUUCAGUGCAUCUAUCGGCAUGUGGUGUCCUACUUUGAAACCACGAUCCCACAGUUUGUCAUGCAACGCGUCGAGUUCAUUUUCAGUGUUCCGACGACGUGGAAGGAUGUGCGCAUGGUAGAGGAAAUUAGGAGGUUAUUGAUGCAAGUCAUUGACGCGCGAAAUCCUAAUCACCGGGCCCGCAUCGGCCUCACGGAAGCAGAAGCCGCGGCUGUUUAUGCAGGAAACGAGCACUACGGGCAAGAUGAUACCAUUCUGGUUUGCGAUUCGGGUGGAGGAACGACAGAUGUAAACGUCCUCAAGCUUCUGUCAGCACAGAGUGAACCUACGCAACUGGCUCAGCUCGGUCAUGUCGAAGGACACCCUAUCGGCUCGGUUUUCAUUGACAGAGAAAUACAUCGCCUCAUGUGCAAGCGACUCGAAGGUAUCCAUCAGCACUUGAAGUCAUCUCCAAACACGACAGCGUGGCGGAUGACAUUUGGUCGAUUUCAGCGAUACAAAUGUGCUUUUGGCACCGAUGCCACGGCCACGCCUUGGCUGAAGCUGGAUGUCCCAGGAUUAGAUCCCAAUCUUGACUUUCCAGAGGUGGGGAUAUUUAAUGGUCAGAUGCAAAUUGCUUGGGAAGAUGUCCAGAAAAGCUUCGACUCGAAAGUGGAUGGAAUAUUCCAGCUCAUAGAUACACAUAUCCAACAACUGCGCGCCCAAGGCUCUAGUGACGAUAUUAAAUAUCUGGUGCUGUCCGGCGGGCUGGGUAGCUCGCCGUAUGUGAGACAACGCCUUCAGGAGAAAUACAAUAGUUCGAGCAAAGUCUCGCCGACAGGAGUGAAUAUGCAAGUUCUCAUGGCCGAUGAACCUCAAUUGGUUGUUGUCCACGGCUUGGUUAUGGACCGCACCCAGCAGCUCAAGCGCGGCGUUCUAACGUUCGGCUUCCGAUGUGCACCGGUGAGCUACGGAAUCAUAUGCCACAAGGUUUACAACCGCGAAAUACAUGUAGGAGAACGAGUCCAGAUGGACGUUCGCGAUAAGCGUCUGUAUGCUCUGGACCAAAUUGACUGGCUCGUAGUCAAGGGGCGCCCAAUUCCACCGACUGGAGUCACAAAGGAAUUCCACCUGAGGACCGACGUCGGUUUGGAAGCUGGAAUCCAUAAUGUUGAGAUUGUGAUGUCGACGGAGUUGCCGGACAGGCUACCACGCAGCUUGUCCCACGAAGGAUGGCAAACUGUUUGCAAUCUCGAUAUCGCGACCGACAACGUGGAUAGGAAGCUGAAGAAUCGCCAUUGGUACAGCUCGAAACCUGCUUUCUGGCGGACGUCUUUUGAGGUUAGGGUAGUUGUUGGACCCGCUGAUCUCUCGUUCCAGUUGUGGUCCAGGGGAGAAAGAAUCCGGAGCAAGCAUGAGCCAAUCUCGGUGCAUUGGAUGCCCGCGGAAAAGACAUAA